AUGCCUUUCUGGGUGACAAAGGCAAAGCGCAAGGGUCUUGCUAAAAAGCUGCGUAUUUGCCUUGAAAGCAUCAGAGUUUCUCAAACAGCACAAAAAUAUAAACAAUUAACGCCAAUAUUAGAUCAAAUUAACGAAACUUUCAUCCAACCAGAGUUUCAACAAGACGAUUUACCUCAUAUUCUGAAUGGAAAAAUAUAUCGCGAUCAUACAGUUGCAAUGUUAAUUGGUCUUUUACCAUUUUUUGAUCAACCUACAAUUAAUGCAAUAUCAACACUAUUUCAGACGACUAUUAGAGAAUUUCCAGACGAAUCAUUGCCGAAAUAUUUAAUCGAACACACAGAAACUUUAGAUCAACUUUUAUCUUACUUUAAUCAGCCCAACAUUUCAAAUUCAGCUCAUAUAAUUCUUCGAUCAUGCGCUAUAGUAACCGAUUUUACGCGUUUCCUCUUUCAAAAUGGAUGCGUAGGGUCGUUUGUUCAAUAUCUUUCGAGUGAUAACUUUGAUCAUCUGUCUACCGCAUUUGCGACAUACGAAUGUCUUCUUAUGAUCCAUCCAGACGUAACCGCUGAGUAUUUCUCAGUAAAAUGGCAAAUUUUUGCUAUACAAAUCAAACAGCUUAUGUCAUCGCCGAAUUAUUUAGUUCAGCUCACUUUUCUUCCUAUAUUAUUUAGAUUUAUUACAAACGAAAGCUGCAAAAGUAUAUUUUUCAGGUUUUUGGACGAUUCCGAAAAUCUUCAGCUUAUUAUGUGCAUUCUUAAGCGAAAUUCGAAAAAGAUACAGAUGCAUGCGUACUCAAUCUUCAAAUUAUUCAUCUUAAAUCCAAGAAAAGCGCCGCCAAUUGUAAAUUUAAUUAAAAAUAACAGAUCUCAACUUAUUAAGUAUCUCAAGGACUUCAAUUUUGAUGAAAAUGACGUAGAACUUGAGAAUGAGAAACAAACUUUGAUUUCUACUAUUGCGAAUAUGUAA